CUGGUGCGGGCGCGGGAGACCAUCUCGCCGGAGGAGCGGUUCGGCUACAUCUCCGGCAUGGUGGAAACGGCCGAGAAUCUGGCCAAGCAGUACGAGAUAACCCGCCAGGAGCAGGACGAGUACGCCCUGCGCAGCCACCAGCGGGCCGUGGCCGCCGUGGAAGCGGGCAAGUUUGACCAGGAAAUCAUAGGAGUGCCCAUCCCCCAGCGCCGGGGCGAUCCGGUGGACUUGUAA